AUGCUUAGAGGCAUAUAUGAAUACAUUAUUAAAAUCGAUAUAAAAUACUUUAUUUAUCUUAAGUUUGAUUUUUCAUCCAAAGGCACAAAAGAAAGAAAGAAAGGCCUAACUUGUCCACCUACCGAUAAAAGCUAUGAAGCUCCCAAGUCGGCUUUUCAACCUCUUUUGGAUGAUGAUAUUGAAAAAGAAAAAGCUAAAAGAAAAUGCCUUCCUGAGUCAGAAACCAAAUACAAUGAAAUAAGAGUUGUUCAACCUCCCUCUCCUGAAAUACCUAAACCUGAUCCUGUCACAAAGUUUAGUUUCAAGCCUGAAAAUAAAAAAGUGUGUUUAAAACAUUAA